UGCAGUACAAAAAUACUUGGUAACAUUUUGUGUUUUUGCAGUGCCUCAUCUGUUUAUUCGUGUUUCUUGUGUUUAAUAUUAAAUCUGAGCUUCACCUGGCCGAGGUGAAUCUCCAGGAUGCGAGUGAAAAAACGUACCUCAGUGUCUCUGAGGCCCGUAUCGACGGUCCGGGCCGGAGUUGGCACCCCUGCCAUGGGAGCAGGGAGCGGGGUGGGGGCCGUGUCCCGGCAGCAGCUGAUCAAUGCUCACAUCCUGUGAACCCUGCAUGUAACACGGCAGAGCGUUCCCAACACACACAGACACACAGCUGCACGGCAGAGGGAACGGCACGGCCGCCCAGGAUCAGAACCCAGGGAGAUCCGAGCAGCCCCAUGGGGUAGGACCAUCCCUGAUCGGCGUUUUCCCAGGAUUUACCAACACGAUGCCGUUCACACGGAGGCCCAGAGGGACAGAGGACCUGUGAGAUUUUGACUAUGUGGCAUUAAAGUGGUGAAAAUCUGACCAUGGGUGACUGGAACCUGCUGGGCAGCAUCCUAGAAGAAGUCCACAUUCAUUCCACCAUCGUAGGGAAGAUCUGGCUCACCAUCCUCUUCAUCUUCCGCAUGCUGAUCCUGGGAGCUGCGGCUGAGGACGUCUGGGACGACGAGCAGUCGGAGUUCGUCUGCAACACAGACCAGCCAGGCUGCAAGGCGGUCUGCUACGACCGAGCCUUUCCCAUUUCCCUCAUUCGCUACUGGGUGCUGCAGGUCAUCUUUGUGUCUGCGCCCUCUCUGGUCUACAUGGGGCAUGCUCUGUACUGCAUCAGGGCGCUGGAGAAGGAGCGCCACAGGAGGCGGAUCCAACUGAAGGGGGAAAUGGACGAGGCAGAACUUGGACUGGAGGAUCACAAACGCAUAGAGAAGGAGCUGAGGAAGCUGGAGGAGCAGAAGAAGGUGAAGAAGGCUCCUCUUAGAGGCUCUCUGCUGAGAACCUACAUCAUCCAUAUCCUUACUCGCUCUCUGGUGGAGGUUUGCUUCAUCCUGGGCCAGUAUAUCCUGUAUGGAAUCCAUCUGGAGCCCCUGUAUAGGUGUGAGAGGCUGCCAUGCCCCAACAGUGUGGACUGCUACAUCUCCAGGCCCACAGAAAAGACCAUCUUCAUGUUUUUUAUGACCAUCAUUGCAGGAGUUUCACUCUUCUUGAACAUUUUGGAGAUUCUCCACUUAGGCAUCCGUAAAAUCAAACAGACUCUGUAUGGAGAGAGGUACACAGAGGACGACAGCCUGAUCUACAGGUCCAAAAAGAAGGCGUCCUUACAACAGCUCUGUGUCAUGAGUAAUGUUUCCCCUCACAAUGGGCCUCUGACUCAGACCUUCAAGGUGAUUCACGAGGCUAACAUGAAGCCUCUUCAUUACACGAUCCACGAUCCACCAAGACACAACAGCUUGGUUCAUCUGGGUCAAACUGGCUACAGCUGCCCUCCAGCAAGGAUGACCCACAAGUCUGUGGAGAUCUGUGCAACUCCACAAACCUCUGAAGGUCCAGAGGUCCACACAGUGACCCUGGACCACCAUCCAGCCUGGAACUCUGUCAUGUCCACAGUGGAGGAGGACACAACCAGCCAAGCAGAAAUCCAGGAGGAGCAGCAUCCUCAGCCCAGUCAUUUGGACCCUGUGCUGUCUGGGAGCACCAUAAGGCCUGGAGCCAUCAGAACCAUCAACGAGGAAGAAAGACGACAGUCUUCGGUCAGCGACUUCCUGAUUCCCAACCCCAGAAGGACCAGCUUCAUGAUCAGGCCUCCAUCCGAAAGCCUGUCCUCCAUGAGCGCCUCCACCAGCCAAUCCUUGCACAGCUCAGAGGAGUCCGAUGAGCUGGGAUCUCUCCAGGGAGACAUGCCGAUGAUGCCGCCAGCUGGAGGCCGACGAAUGUCAAUGAGCAUGUUUCUGGAUAUUUCCUCAAUCAUGAAGAAGUGAAGAGACGAGGCUGAGUUACAGCAGCUGGAGACAAACUGUAUCAGCGAUCCAUCGAUUCUUCGAGCGAGUCACAUGCGGCCAGGAUCGGCCAUGAUGAGGCAGCGGAUGAUUCAAUGCACCUUGCAAAGUCUGCCGGAGUGUUUCACUGGCAACAGGAUCGGGCUUAAAGAGGAGCUGCUUGAUUCUGUAACUCUGAGUUUUUACGUCAAGGACAGAUUCAGUCUGUGUAAAGUCAUUUAUAUAAAAACCCCUUCAGCUCAUUCAGAUUUAAAACACAAACAGAACCACUUGAACAUAUUUAACCAGAACACACCAUCAACAGUCCUCAUGCUUUUAUUUCUCUACAAAAACUGUUUUUUUUGUUCCUGUCAGACCUUUUUUUUCUUAUCAAAUAAAUGGGAUGUGACAUGUUGUUCAGUUUUUACAAAAACCAGAGAAACCUCAUUCAGAGACUUAAAAAGAAAAAACUGCAAAUAACAGUCAUCGGUUAACAGUUACACAAAACAGGUAAAAAUGGUCCACAAAACCUACAAAGAAGUACGCAGAGUAAAAAGUUAGAAACACAGAGUCUGUCGCAAAGGAGGAAUGCUGAAAAUCCAAACAUGGAUUCUUCUAGUUUAGUUUUUUAUCUGGUGUUACGUGCUUCGGGCGUGUAACACGACAUUAUCAAGUCCAAAUGUCCCAAAAGUUCUCCUGAACCACGAUUCUGCUGCAGAAUGUUCAACUCAAUAACCGAGCUGCAUUUCAAUCCAGAAAUCCAGUUUGUUUUGCCACGUUUACGGAGUAAAGUCAGAAUGUAAACUGGCAUAAUUUAAUUUUAGAAACUCCUCCUGAAGCAAGAAAAAUAACUAGCCAACAUGUUUAUGUAGGACCUAAGUGGAUUUUGCUCAGAUUCCAUGUGGGUUGAUUAUAUGCAACUUAUUUUGGCAACACCUGUUUGGUAUCUUAUGGAAGAUACCAAACAGUAUCUAUACAAGAUACCCUGGGUCUUCAAUAGGCGUUAUGGAAAGUAGUCCAGAUUGCAAAACGUAUUUAGGACUCAUAUGGGUUCCGCUUUUUACCCAGAGAUGCUCAGUGCCAAACCUGUAUAGGCUGCUACGUCACGGUUAUUAUUUAACUUGCCAAUAAUGACAUUUGGGCCGAUUUUAAGCCCAUUUUCAACAUCCUAUAUGCAAAGUUGUUUGAUCAGAUGACUGAACAAGGACUUUAGUUUUUU